AAUAUCAGUCCAUCAUGGAGGUAAAGGCCAACAGCAGGGAUAAUUUGGAGUAUGACACAAACGCUGAGGCCCAGUAUCAGACAGAAUUUAUAGGCUGCAUGUAGACCUAUCCCCCAUACUUCCCAGUAAGAUAAUAGCAUAUUUUAUGAAAAGUGACAGCAAUAUCUUAUAAUAGUGAAGGGUUUCUUGUCUUAAGGGUGUUGUCUUUUCAUUUUGUUAGGUUGAAGACUCCAUUUUUAAGUCCUUUGGAAGCCAUACAAAAAGAGCAGUUCUGUGUGUUCCACGUUCCCACAGUAAGAGAGAACUUCAGCUAUACCAGCGCAUCCUGGCACAGCAUGGAUAUGCAGUUAUAGUUCAUGAAAACAGGAGACUCAACGUAGGCCUCGGACAUGAGCAUCACUAUUUAGGUGAAUUAAAACCUUGGGAUCUUCUGAUUUGCUUGUCUUCUAGUAAAGCCAAUGAUACAAACUGCUUUCAGAUGGAUGACUUGCAUCGAUUAGAGCUAUUCCAGAAGGUAAAUACAAUCCCAGAAAUUCAACAUUUGCUUUGCAGAAAAGAAGGAUUAUGCCAGAUAAUUAGAAAAUUUCCAGAACUGCACGUUCCAGUAGCUUUCCUGGAAUGCCCAAAUCAUCAUGCAUUUUCAAAAUCUAACCAAACAAGUGACCUUUCUCAGUUUGGGAGAAGGAAAGAAAGGACAAAUUUUGCCCAUCUGUGGCGCUGGUGGAACCAAACCAAUAAUGCACAGCUGCAUCAGAUGCCAGCUCAACUUGAACACAAGAAUGACUUUAAAGCACAAGACCUUUCUGUCAUCAUCAAAGCAUAUGUGCUAGUGACAUCCUUAACACCAUUACGGGCAUUUAUUCAUUCAAAUGCUACUGUCUGGCAUUCAUCCAAAAGGAAACACUUUUCUGUCAAGAUACUGUGGAGCUGCAUUUCCCGGGAGAGGUCAUCAGAAGCCUUGAAACUCAGGUCUUUAAUUGAUGUGUGUUUCUGGCAGAGUACAAUAGAAUGAAAUAAUUCAU